UCUCAUCUUCCCCAAACCCCAAUCCAGGACACCCUCUUCUCUCUUUGCUUCCCCAAAACCAGAUGCCUCUAGACGAGGGGAAGCCGAAGAAGCUCGACCACGAGGUCCGGGACAUGGUCUCGGCGAUCGUGGGCCGGAUCCCCGACCUCCACAGGCCCGGCGGCUCGAGCCUGACAUCCGAGGAGGACGACGACCUCGGCGUGAGGAUCGUCACGCUGGCCGGGCACAACAUCGGCGCCACCCUGAAGAGCGAGAUGGACGAGAAAUCGGGCGGCCCCGAUGAGGAGCUCGACUCGAUGAGCACGUACGUGAACAGCAACUUCCAGGCCGUGAACAACUCGAUCAUGAUGGGCGGGAGCUACACGACCAACGACCCCGGCGUGCAUUUGGAUGUGUCCGACUUUGUGGAUCACUUCGAGAGGGACCAUGGCAAGCCAGGGAAGCAUGGCAAGAAGGAGAAGAUGAAGAAGAAGAAGAAGAAGGAAGAUGAAGAAGAAGAAGAAGGACAAGGAAAGCGGGAAGAGUGACCAGCAGACUGAGCAUUCUGCUUGAGCACACUCAACAGUUUGUUUGUUUCUCUGCUGAAUUGCUUGUUGAUGCUGUUUUCUGCGCCGAAUAAGCUUUCGUGUAACCGUGAGGGUGCUUUGUUUUGAAGUUACCAUGUUUUACACCAAUGGAGUGUAGAGUCAUUUCCA